CUGUUCCCAACCCAACCCCAACCCACACCCACACCCAGAGAGCGACACCAUGGCAGCGCCGCCGCCGCCAAGCCGCCCCGACUCGCCGGCGGCGCUCCCGUACGAUCUCGUCGAAGAAAUCCUCCUCCGCCUCCCACCCGACGACCCAGCCUGCCUCCUCCGCGCCUCCUUCGCCUGCAAGACCUGGAGCCACACCGUCUCCAGCCCCCACUUCCGCCGCCGCUUCAUCGGGCUGCAUCGGCAUCGGGCGCUCCCCUUGCUCGGUUUCCUCCACAACUGGGAGGACGAGCGCGUCCCCCGCUUCCUCUCCACCACCGCCUCGUCCUUCUCCCUCCCCGCCCCAGGCCUCACCUCCUGGCUCGCCCUCGACUGCCGCCACGGCCGCGCCCUCUUCCUCUCCAACUCCAAGGUCUCCGGUGCUCAGCAGCUCCUCGUGUGGGAUCUAAGAACGGGCAUCGAGCGGCGCGUGCCGGUGCCCCCGCUGUUCAAGGACGGCUACAGGUACCGGACCGCCUCCGUGUUCUGCCCAGCGGACGGAUGCGACCACCGCGACUGCCGCGGGGAUCCCUUCCGCGUCGUCUUCGUCUUCACCGUUCCCAUCUACCACCAGUUGCGGUGUCCCGGUCUCACGCUGGCGUGCGUCUAUUCGUCAGAGACUCGCGCAUGGGGUGAACUGACGACCCAGAUGUACCACCGGUCCUGCUUGAUCUUCACAUCUCAUUCCAGCGUGCUCGUUGGGGGCUCUCUGCUCUACUUCAUGUCCGACAGUGGGUGGAUCCUAGAGUAUGACUUGGCCAGCCACGACCUCACUGGGUUCAACCCGCCACACGACGGCCCCGAGCAGACAUUUAACAUCAUGGUGUCGGCAGAUGGUGGAAUAGGAGUCAGCGAAGCUUUUGGUUCGCAACUCAAAUUAUGGUCAAGGGAGGAGAGUGACGGCAUUGAUUCACAAUGGGUCUUAUGGGUCUUGAGCCGGGUCAUCCACUUGGAAAAUUUGCUCCCUGAUGCUGCUCUCGUGGAUGCAGAGACUAGAGUGACUGUGUUGGGAUUUGCCGAGGGAGUGAAUGUCAUUUUCGUUAACUCCGUUGCUGGCCUCUUCACAAUCGAGCUACAGUCGGAGUGGGUGAAGAAGGUGUGCGAUGAUCGUGGCUUCUGUAAUUUGAUUCCAGUUGUCAGCUUCUACACUCCUGUGGACCGUGGCGAAUGUCAGGAUCUGCUGCCGCCGAUCCCUAGUGAGGAGGUAGGUGAUGAGGAGGGGGAAGAGGAGGAGAAAACAGUAGAUGAGGCACAGCAGCUGCUUGACAAGGAGGGGGGCUUUGUUAACACCUUUGAAUGUGUCAACCAUGACCUCAAUAUCAGGAGUGCUUCAAGUGAAGAAUCGGUGACGGCCACAUCCAACGAAGAUUAUGAUGCUGAGGAGUCAAAGACCUCUGCUAGCAAUGGUGAGGAUGCUGCCCCAUCUUCGGACAAAGGUGAUUCUGAAGAAGUGCUAUGCUGAUCCUGGAUGUUUCGUCAGUCAUCGGCGCCUUGAGUUGAAUCUUUUUCUUCUCUGCAGUUGGGGAACAUGAGUAUUAGUUAUCUGUCUUUUUUCAUGGCCUGCUCAUGGAUUCAGCAGGCAGUUUAUGUACCUUAGUUUAUCAGGGCCAGAACUUUGACAAGAAUCAAGGCGCCAAAAGCAGAGGCUUUGGCCUUUGGAGAAGUGAAUGCUGCUGAAGGCAUGGUCUCAAGAUAGGGUUGCAACUGGAAUUCUGAUGCAAAGCCGCACUGGUAAAAUGGUACGUAUUUGCCAUUGGGUAAACCUAAAAGUUGAUGUGCGACCGGAACGAUUCAGGGUCUGUUUGUGGUAAGCGAGUGAUCAUUCAUUUGAGUAACAACAACGCUUGGUUUUUUGCUACUAUGUCUGAAAAAAUGAAAAACGUUUGAAAGUGUUUC